GGCCAUUGAAGACGGCAAUUUGGAAGAAAUGGAAGAGGAGGUACAGCUUAAGAAAAGAAAAAGACGAAGAAAUGUGGAUAAAGACCCCGUGAAGGAAGAUGUGGAAAAAUCGAAGAAAAGAAGAGGCCGCCCUCCGGCUGAGAAGUUGUCACCAAAUCCCCCAAAACUAACAAAGCAGAUGAACGCCAUCAUUGAUACUGUGAUAAACUACAAAGACAGGUGUAACGUGGAGAAGGUGCCCUGUAAUUCUCAGUUGAAAAUAGAAGGAAACAGUUCAGGAUGGCAGCUCAGUGAAGUCUUCAUUCAGUUACCUUCCAGGAAAGAGUUACCAGAAUACUAUGAAUUAAUUAGGAAGCCAGUGGAUUUCAAAAAGAUAAAGGAAAGAAUCUGUAAUCAUAAGUACCGGAGCCUGGGGGACCUGGAGAAAGAUGUCAUGCUUCUCUGUCACAAUGCACAGACAUUCAACUUGGAAGGAUCCCAGAUCUACGAAGACUCCAUUGUCCUCCAGUCAGUGUUUAAGAGUGCUCGGCAGAAAAUUACCAAAGAAGAAGAGAGUGAGGAAGAAAGCAAUGAGGAGGAGGAGGAAGAUGAUGAAGAAGAGUCAGAGUCAGAGGCAAAAUCUGUGAAGGUGAAAAUCAAACUGAAUAAAAAGGAGGAGAAAGGCCGGGACACAGGGAAGGGCAAGAAAAGGCCAAACCAAGGCAAAGCCAAACCUAUCGUGAGCAAUUUUGACACCGAUGAGGAGCAGGAUGAGAAUGAACAGUCAGAAGCAAGUGGAACUGACGAUGAGUGAGCCUGGAUGUGAGCUUCCCGCAGCGGCAAAACUGAAUGCUUUCUUUCCCCUCUCCUUCCUCCCUAGUGAGUUCACUCGCCAUUUGGACACACUGGGUUAUUUCUCCGUCCUCAUUGUCAUCUAGA